AGACGGGGGCUUUUAAUUGUCAGGCACGCCACUCAAGCAGAGAGACUGGAUCCAAGAAUCUCUGACUCAAGUACCUCCUAGUUUAUACACGCAAUUUUGGCGCGUAGGAAAAGGGUACAUCAUGCAAUGCAAUGUAUGGCAGCAUGCAACCUGGCAGACUGACCUGCAAUGCGAUCCUUUUCUUGUGUGAUGUAGGCAUAUCGGAGUCAAGUGUGUGAAGAUGUCAAGCAGAAAGCGCGUUUUUCAGAUAUCAGGAUUGAAAGAUGCUCAAAGGAAAGGACAACUCCUACGUGCCAUAAAGCAGCUGGGGGGAGUAUACAUUGGAGGCCCGAUUUACAAGGAAAGCACCACUCACUUGAUAGUGCCCUGUGCUGCGCUCAGUGAAAAGUUCCUGGCGGCUUGUGCUGGAGGGAAAUGGAUCGUCACACCAGAAUAUGUUCUGGACAGCAUGAAGCACCAUGGGUGGAUGCCCGAGUCACGUUAUGAGGUGAACCUCCCAGUGCAAAGCCCUGGCACCAGCAACCCUCUUCGCACCUGGCGGGAGAAGGUGACCAGGAGAGAGGUGACUGGGGCAUUCCAGGAUUGGCUGGUGCUGUUGACUCUGACUGACUUGACGAGGAGAGACAUCAUCAGCAGGAUCCUGAAGGCUGGCAGAGCUGUCGUGUACCUGCAGAGACCAGCCUCCAUCGCCAUAACGCAUGUGAUGUCCCAGAAUAUGCUGCUGGAUGACCCAGCAGACGACUCCACCUCUUUAGACCAGCUGGCUUUGCACUUACUUGGGACAGCCUACAGGGCAUUAAAGUGGUCUCCUGGGCGGCCAGACCACGAGAGCAAUGGGUACGCAGACGACAUGGACUCCUCAUCAGAGAAUGUGAUUGCGGACACAGAGGGAGUCGGGUCUGCUCUCGACAUAGGCCUUCUCUCCGGGCUGCAGAGCAAGCUAGAGGACUACGUAGGCAAAGCAGAGAAAUUGAAGCAGAAGAAAGGCCCGGUGGACUCUGGCGUCCAGAGCUUCUACCUGUCUUGUCCGUUUUCUCAGCGCGCCCCGGCGGAGCUGUGGAACGUGGGGGUCCUGCUGGAGUGCAGCUUCUUCCCGACGGCGUUGGAGGAGCUCCAGAACUCGCUGCACCCUGGGCUGAUCCCCGCACCCUCGCACGUACAGGCUCUCAUGCAGCACGCCCUGGACGGAACUGCAGAGCCCUACUCCCUCAGCAUGUUCAGUCAGACCCUCCACAACAUCCUGCGCUGCAACUCUCCCUGGGGCUCCCCUGCCUACGCCAAGUACUACCAGAAUAUCCUGCAGUGUCCCGAGUGCAAGGCCGGCGUGUGGUCCCUCCUCAGCACGUCCUUCAGGUUCUGCAUGUCCAGCACCGCCACGUGUCACGCACUGCCAAGCUCCCCCCACCCAGACCUGAUCCGCUUCCACUGUGACCUGCAGAAAUUCAUCCUCAAGUUGUUCCAGGUGGAGCUACAUGCCAUGAAUUCUGGUCUGGCUAGCGGAGGGCCGUGGAGCACGGUUCUGGCCAGCAGCUUCUGGCCGAUGUGGGAGCGCUCCACUCUGCUCUCCAAGGCUGUACAGCAGCUGGUGAACCUGCUGGUGGAGGCCCACCGCUGGGCUCACUCCUGCCCUGAGUCGGAGGUGGUGGUGCUUGUACAGGAGCUUCUGGAGAUGGUGCUGGAGCUGUGGUGUCAGGCCCACAGCAUCCUCAACAGGCCCCUGGUGGACAAGAGCCUGCAGGAGCUGGGGGAACACAUCGCCAUCCUCAGCUUAGCAAUAGACAUGGCGCCAGAGGCCUUGUCAGGCCUCAUCUCUGGCAUACGGUGCUGUACGCUGCGAGUGGCCACGGCCGAUGCCCUUUUCCGCUUCAUAUGCCGUCGGCACGUCAUCGCGACUGGAACUGAGCCCCUCUCCCUCAGGAAAAUUGUGUCCACCUAUGUGAAGGCCCUGGGGAGUCUGUGUGGACGGCGGCCUACAACUGACCCGUCACCGCCGCGGCCCCGAGCUGAACCCACCAGCGCCAGCUGUGCCAGCCAGAAGCCAGGCUCGGGGUCAAAAGGAAGUGAGUGUGUGGAUGGGCCAGGAAAAGAGAAUAUCCCACGUGGUCUCAACCGAGUCAAUGCAGCAGGAGAGACGCUCCUCCAUCGCGCCUGCAAGAGAGACCAGGUGGAGACGCUUCUUCACAUCCUCGCCCAGCCCGGCACAGACGUCAACGUGAAAGACCAUGCGGGCUGGACGCCGCUGCAUGAGGCCUGUAACCAUGGCAGCAGCCUGUGUGUGCGAGCACUGCUGGAGCACAGCCCCACGCUGCAGCUGGCCAGCCAGGUGGGCGGAGUCAGCCCGCUGCACGACGCGCUGCUCAACGGACACGUGCCCAUCGCCAAGAUGCUGCUGCAGUAUGGAGGUUCUGAUCUUCUGAAAAUCCACGAUAAAUUCGGCCGCACCCCUCUGGACCUGGUUCCCACGGCCACCCUGCGCGAGGAGCUCCGCCACUGUGCCUCGGAGGGCGACUCCCUGACCUCCGCAGCCAACACCAUCCAGGAGGUGCAGGACCUGGGGCUGGUGGAGGGCUGCUCCUGGCUGCUGCUCUGCCUGCUGCUGGCCUACCGGGAGCAGCACAACCUGCCCGACGGUGGUGGCGGGCCGGCCCCUCUCCACCUGCCCCCCAUACAGGCCCACAUGCUGCUCAGCCACGGGGCCGGGGCCGUCACCCACGGGUGGCCCAACGCCAAGGCCACACAGCUGGCCCACGACCUGGAGGUGCUGCUGGGCAUGCAGCGCUACUUGGAGGGCCUGGCGCCGGCACUGAGGCACUGCCAAGGAGCCCACACCCAGCUGCUGGUGGAGGAACUGGAGGGGCUGAGGACUGAUGGGGAAGUGCUGCUGGUGCCCAGUGCUGCCGACUGACUGGAGUUGACUUGACUUGCACUGACAGAGCUGAGGAGUGGUGGCUGACAACUGACAGGACUCUCGUCUAUUCAUAGGUCUUUUUUUAAGGCAUGUUUUUUCCCAUUGUGUUUUGUAACUGUUUUGUUUUGUUAAGUUCAAAGAACAGUAUGCACGUUUAUUAAUAUUUCUCAUGAAAAGGUUAAAUAUUUCCUAAAUAUUUCUUUGAGUUCUUCAACUUUUCAUAAAAAAAUGCCAUUUGUCAUUUUUUAACAAUGAUGCUGCUAGGUACUGAAUCAUGUUUUGCACAUAUUCUAUUAAAGUUGUUUACUUUUCUC